AUGUCGCAUUCUAAAGAUGUUGGUAAGUCUUUAUUCAUCGAUGAUGAUCAUGAAAUGGAAGAAGAAUCAAUAUCUGAUGAACCAUCCCAAAAUAUAAAAAACAAGGCAAAGGAAGAUGAGGAUCCCGUGAUAGAAUCCAUUCCUAUUGUAUUAAGUAAGACUCCUAGGUCCAGUCAAACAGUACAUGCUUUCCAAUAUCAAGGAAGGCCAAAAACACAUCCUUUUAAAGAGACGCGAUUAAAGGCAUCAAUAAAAAAAGAAUCAAACUUCGUUGAAAUGCAAGUGCCAAUAAAUACUCACAAAUUCUACGACAUAUCAAGAUCAGAAGAAUGGGGCAGUGAAAUGAGUAAGCAGCGGUUACAUGGAGUUUUAAAUAAGACAAAUGGAGGAAUGUAUGUUGGUCAGUUGGUCAAAUCCGGUGAAAGCAAGAAAUUGGUUUUGACUCCAGUUGAUAGUACAGUGCAGCUCAGACCCGUAUUUUCUUACUUAGACGAGCUAGAUGCAUCCAGAGCGCUCGAUAAGAAAUCUGAGGUUGUUGACCAUCUGAAAUCUUCAAGUAUACAAAUUUUACAAACAUCUGCAAAGUCAAAUUCACUGGCGCCGCAUAAUGACGCGUAUGGAAAUGUCACAUUAGGAGAGUCAUUAAAACAUUUGAAGAAAUUUGAAGAGGAAGAAUGGUCUGCUUUGUCCUGCAAAGCUCCAAGCGACCAAGAUUCUGUAGAGUUGAAACUGCAAAUACAAAAUGGAGGUAAUGGAGUGAAAUUGAGAUGCAACUCCAAUAUGGAUAGUUAUUUAAGUUCAUUGAUUAGCUCUUGA